AAAUUCACUAGACACAAGUUGUUUAAUCAUUGUGCCCUGCUUAACAAGAAUGUGCAUUAAAUUCAACGUCUGCGCCAGAGUGCUUUAAUUUAUAUGGUGGAUUGAUUCCUUUAUGAGCUUUUCUGUCAUUCUGCUUCAACUCUUCACAGCAGAAAAUCACCUGGAUCUGCUCAAAUGCAUCGAAUUGAGGAUUGUAAUCUUCUCCUGCUGGAUCCAUGAGCCAGAUGAACAACCCUACUCCCCUUCACUUCUACACAACUAAGGGGAAGAAUGUGUGUGUUCUCAUGCUGCUGUGUGUUCCCCUCUCCAUGAUGGACAUCCCUGGUCCUUGCAAACAUGCCAUAACCAUGGACCACCUGCUUCAACUAAAACAGCUGAUCAGUAACCAGUUGCGGACUGGCUGUUCAAUCACAUAUUCAUUCAUUGAGAGAAAACACCUGAGCGUCAUGUGUUAUGUGAAGGCUACUUUGCCAAGGGUGCUUGAACUGUUCAACGUCCACUUCAAAUACGUGCGGGGCUCAGGAAGUGCUCAAGCAGUGGUCUCCAUACAGAACCUCAUUCUCAACAUCUACUCCCAACACUGCAUACCUUUACUGAAUGAAGAACUGGAGGAAGACCCCGUAGCAUUCGAGAGGCAGUACAAUGAGACUCCAGUCCAGGCACUUCAAAGAGUCGAGGAGGUUCUGUCCCUCUACUUGCAACUCAUCACAUCCACUAACACUGAUGUUAACUGGACCUGCGAGCAAGAGUACAACAUCAAUGUACCUCCUACUGAGACACAGCUAACCACUAGCACAGAGGUUGCGGUGGGAUUAUCCAGGCAAGCUCCUCAGGGGUCCUCCAGCGAUGAUUUUUACAGACUGGGCUUCAUUGUGGUCUCCAUCUGUGGAGGAUUUCUUUUCCUUCUCACUGCCUACUGCCUCCUAGAGAGAAAGAAGCUGCAACGCCAACUCCACAGAACAAGAAUGUCAUCGGACUGGGGAUUACAAGUUGUCGAAAACUAUGACAUCCAAGAGGAAGUAUACCAGACUGACAGACGGAAAUCGCUUGGCUCACACCUCUCCACUGCUUUCUAACUGAUUCUCGAACGGACUCUGAGAAGACAGCAAACGGUGAAACAGACUGCCUUUAAGCUUUAGGAAGACCACAACAUGACAUCACCAGACGAAGUUUCCAACAGCAGGGGAAACAGACUUAAGAUAUACUUCUGAUUAUAUGUUAUCAUUACUCAUACACCUUGGGCCUUGUACAUAUGUAGAUAUGCAUACUGCUACAAACAUCUAUUUCUGGACUACUGGAAAAGUCAAAGUAUUGCAUGCUCAAUAAUGCUACAGUUAGCCUACAUCAAUCCACAAAGCACCUGUAAAUCAGUCGUAGUUUGUUUCAAAAUUUGGUUUCAGUUGUCAGUCCAGUAUAAUGCUGUUAUUGUUCAUAUAGGGCAGUAUCUUACAGUAAAGGCUUCAUUUGUUAAUAUA